UUGUCCUCCUGUUUCUGCGUGAAACUUGGAUUUAGUUAUGAUCGAAAUAAAAUAGAAAAGCUUUGUUUGUUUGUUUGUUUGUUUUUUAAUUUUCUGGGAGGCUUGCUGACCCCCUGUGAUGUUUAUUAAAAAGGAUUCAUAUGUUUACCACCUGUGCUGUUAAUAUAACGCUGUUUCAGCUGUUCAGACAUGGACUCGGAGUAUUUGAGGAGAAACCUGGGCCGGUGCCUGGCGGACGGCCUGGCUGAAGUGGCCGAGCAGCGACCUGUGAACCCGGUUCUGUAUCUGGCUCGCUGGCUUUACAACUACAACUCGAACCGUGAAUACCAGGCAGAGAAAAGGGCCAAACUGGCACUCCUGGAGGAAGAGCAGGCAAAAGCCAGAGAAGAGGAGUUGCACCAGGAGAAGCUGAUGGAGGAGGAGCGAAAGAUCAGCGAGGGUUUGGAGGACUCUAAAAAACCUUCAAGAGCAUAUAAACAUCAACAGCUCUCUGAGAAGAGGCCCACAGAGUCUGAAGCAGCCACCACACCCACACCAGGAGCCUCUGAGGACAGCAAACCCGUACAAGAGGAGAAAUCAAACACACCUGAUCUGGAAAACGAGCAAGGCACAGACGGUCAACCGACUGAAGUGCAGGAAAAUGUCGCAGAAAAGGAGGUGAACAUCACGGCAACCCAUCCAGAGUCCCCUGAAGAAAAACCUGCAGAGGCCAGUAGUUCUUCCUCAUCUGGGGCCCAGAACACUGAGGUCAAAGAGGAGUCUGAAGACAGGCCUGAUGAAAAAAAUGAAGUGGAGAUGAAGGUCGAGGAAGUAGACGAGAAAACAGAGGAAGCGCCAGGUACAAAUCAUGUGGCAGAGAAAGCUGAAGAGGAGGAUAAGGAUGAAAUUACCAAUCAAAAAGAAGAGGAAGGCGACCAAGAUGAGGAUAAGGAGGUCGAUCGAUCUGAAACUGCUGAGCCUGAGCAGACUGACCCAGCGCAGUCAGGCCCCAGAAAAGAUGGCAGUGAUUCAAAAUCAAAUGAAACAGAAAAUCAACACAAUCUGCCGACUCUCCAUCCUCAAGGCACGGAGAAGGUUCAUGAAGAAGAAACUGGCAAACCUGCAGACUCCAUCCAGGUAGAGCCAGCCUCAGCUCCACAGAGCGAGGACCUCGAACUUGACAGGACAUCUCCUGAACCUGAGCCGGAGGCACAAACAUCAAGGUCACCCCCUCUUCAGGACCAGGAAAAGGAGACCACUGAUCCCACGGCUGCAGCUGACAGUGAGGUAACAGCAGAGGAAACGGUGCAGAGCGGGGCACCUGAGGGUUCCCAAGAGGAACCUCAACCCUCUGUCUAAUGUGGAAGAAGUAGACCCUGCUUCUCCCGGGAGAUUAAGGGUCAUUAAGAAUGAAACAGAAAAAAGUUGACACAUAUCCAGCAAUUAUUUUCAGUUUUUAGCCUUAAAAAAUGUCCAAUUUGAAUUUUAGUGAAAUAAAAGAUGGCAUGUGUUUGUUUUUCUACAUAAAUCAUACGCACACAGUUCACUCUUCCUGUGGUCACUCCAGAGAGCGUCUCUGCAGUGCUUCUGUGCCCCCAGUUUGAGAAUCCCCGUCUAAAUCUAUAUUCUUACAGUUGUGAUAGUUGUCUAUGUGUUUAAUAGUGAUUCAUUUGUUACUAAGCUUUGUGUUGUUUUCUUACUUCUCAGUAGCAAGAAGAGGAAGAAUCAGAUGAAGCUUGAAUGCAUCAUUUAGUUGAUCCUUUACAGAAGUUAAUAA